CUCUUCUGCCAUGAUCUCUGCACAGCAGCCAUCAUUCCCCAACAAAAUUCAAAGAGCAAUGGACUGCCAAUCUGAGGAAGAAGAAACCUGUGAAGAGCAGUGUGACUCUGAGAACUGCACUUGCAGCUCCAAGCAUGCAGAAUCUGACACAGGCUCACCAGUAAUUCUCAAAAUACUGCAGAACUGGGUUCCUAGAGUUUCACACUACUUCGAUAAAGAGCACUAUACAUACGUUGGCCACCGGAUCGUCAUUCAGGAGUCCAUAGAACACUUUGGAGCUGUGGUAUGGCCGGGGGCACUGGCUUUAUCUCAAUAUCUGGAAUCAAAUCAAGAACAAUUCAACCUCAAAGACAAAAAAGUUUUGGAAAUUGGUGCUGGAACAGGCUUGCUUUCCAUUGUGGCCUGUAUCUUAGGAGCUCACGUUACAGCUACCGAUUUGCCUGAAGUUCUUGAAAAUCUCUCAUAUAAUAUUUCAAGAAAUAUACAAAACAUGAAUAUGCACAAACCUGAAGUGAGAAAACUGGUAUGGGGAGAAGGCCUCAACGAAGAUUUUCCUGUAUCAACUUACCACUAUGAUUUCAUACUGGCAACUGAUGUUGUGUACCAUCAUGCAGCUCUGGAUCCCCUGCUAGCAACAAUGGUGUAUUUUUGUAAGCCAGGAACAGUAUUACUAUGGGCCAAUAAAUUCAGAUUUAGUACAGACUAUGAAUUUUUGGAAAAACUUUCCAAUAUAUUUAACACAACUAUUCUAGCAGAAUUUCCAGAAUCCAAUGUCAAGUUGCUUAAAGCCACAGUAAGAGAAAAUUAAAGAGAAAACUAUCACUAUUCUUGAUUUAG